ACUAUUUUGCUCUAAAGGUUGAACUAACUUUUUAAAAAUGGAUAAGUUUCGAAUUAUGGUCCAGUUUUUGCAAGCCAACCAAGAGUCGUUCAUGAAUGGCAUCUGUGGGAUCAUGGCUCUGGCAAGUGCUCAGAUGUAUUCCUCCUUUGAGUUCACUUGUCCUUGUCUUCCAGACUACAAUUAUGCAUAUGGGAUCGGCAUUCUAAUCGUUCCGCCAAUAUGGUUCUUUUUACUUGGAUAUGUACUUAACAACAACAUAUCAGUGUUAACCGAGGAAUGGAAGAGACCGGUUGGAAAGCGCAGGAAGGAUCCGGCGGUUUUACGCUACAUGUUCAGCUCCAUGACGCAGCGCGCUCUCAUCGCUCCGGCUGUAUGGGUAGCCGUGACUUUAAUGGAUGGCAAGAGCUUUUUGUGUGCUUUCAGCGCCACUACGGAUUUAUCUCAGUUCAUCAACGAGACCUAUCAAAGCUUAUCCAAAAAGGAGCUUCUGAAAUUACAAGCAAGGAUUCCAUGCCAAGACGUAUUUGAUGGGCAUGAGGUUAUUUCCAUGGAAGCAUCAACUAGGUACAUUCGCUGUUUAUCACAGGCCUGUGGAUGGACCUUUUUAAUGGUAAUAACUAUAGCAGCCUUCUUGAUAAGGGCGAUAAGACCUUGUUUUACACAAGCCGCAUUUCUUAAAACCAAAUAUUGGUCGCACUACAUUGAUACAGAGCGCAAACUGUUCGACGAAACAUGCAAAGAGCACGCUAAGAGCUUUGCUAAGGUCUGCAUACAGCAAUACUUCGAGAGUAUCAGCGGUGAAAUUGUUCCACAGUUCCAGCUACCUACAAAGAAAAAGAAAGGCGGCAAAGAUGAUGACAGGGAAAAAGAGAAGAGUGACGAGGAGAAGCUUCUUGGGGUCCGUAAAGAAGAAGACAUGAAUAAAGUCCUAUGGAACUGGCAUACAUGUAAACCCGCACUAUUUCUGAACAAACACGCUGAAGAUAUGAAUAUGAAUGGACAUGCACACUUGGAUACACUCAGCUUCUCAGAUGAGCGCUACACUCACACACCUGUGAAAAACACAGCUGUAGCAUACUACUCCAAAGUCUGACUUCAUGGUUUAAUCUUAAUCUCUGGUAUAGCAGCUGUCAAGAUCUAAUUUCUAUUCAUUGCAUGCCAUUUCUUAUUUGAUAUCCUCCAGAGACUCAGUAGUCAUUCAGUCGAGUCACUGUUGUUUGUUGUUUGUUACUAUAAAUAAAUGAGAACAUAAAUAAUAGGAUAAAAUGGGCUUUUCUGUGAUAACACAAAGCAACACGCAGGCAUGACCUAUAUGACAGUAAUAAUAUAAUGAUGAUGAUGAUGAUGUUAAUAAGUAAUGUCACUCUUUUUGAGGAGGAGUUUGUUAAUGUAAUUGGUCAUAGGAUAUCAAAGACAUAUCAGCUGCUAAUGUCGCUCCGGAGGUUAUUUUUACAGUAUUUAGCCUUGGCUACUAAUAGCUAGUUGCUAUGGCUGCUAAAGUGAUCAAAGUAGUUCACCAUAUCAUAAAUUAUGUUUCCCACAGUCACAGACAAUGUUAUUGUCCAACAGAAGCUGCUGCAGCUGUUUGCAACUGUAUAGCUUGCUUAGUAGGCCAGACUUUUGUGUCCACCUGGCGGUCUUAUACUCUUCAGUUUAAAGCAGCAGUAUUUAUUACUAACUCAUAAUUGAUCAUGUCUAUGAUUUUCGGCUAUCUUAAAGCAGUGGACUUCAGGUUCCAGGGCCCUACAGGAAGCUUCAGCAAACUUACAAGAGGGCCUCAAGAUGAAAUAAAAUAUUUAAAAUAAAACAAAAAGAAUGUUAAUAAGGUAAAAGAAACAAAAAUCAAUACAUUUGUUUUUUAUUUCACCCCUAAAUUUGGGAAAUUCUAAAUGUAAUUAUUCAAAUUUGUAACUAAGCCUAGUAACUUAUUUUAUAUAUGGACACUAUCCCAAAUUCUGUAAAAUUCUGAGAGAAAGG